UAAGUAGAUUGAUAAUCACAAUGUGCUGUUUUAUCCUUAGGAAAAUAAUGAAAUAAUCCAAGGAAAAUAGACAGGGUGUUAUAAGAGGGUUGAUCUCUCGGUGGGAUGUCUGGCACCGGUAAUGCACUGACUGCUGUAGAUGUGGUUUAUUACGCCGUGAUCAAAGCCGUCUUUUAAGUAACCACAGUUUAAUGCCAAACACAUUGUUAAUCAACUCUGUGAAUUUUUUGUUGCUGUUGGACUUAAAAAAAAGUUUGAAGUUUCCAUACUUGGUUCAGACAUGUUAGUCGUCAAACAGCCCCUGAACAUGUGGAGUAGAGCUGGCAUUGAAGAGUUUUUCCCUGGUGCUCGCUGAACUUUCACAGUUGGGUAAUAGGAUGUUCAUGUAAUAAUGUCGCAGUGUUAAAGAAGGCUUUUGGUGAAACAGGGAAGUUUUUUUUAACCCUUAAGAAGACACAAAUUGAAAGUUUCCUCGGAAGUUAAUUUGACAUUACUGGUCAGGAGUUUGUUUGAUGGAUUCAUAUGUUUAGGAAUCACAUCGGGAUGUCACCCAAGUCAGCUGACCAUAAGCAUUCUCGAGAUAGUUAGAGAAGACCACAUUUGUCUGCUGUGCCGACUUGACACACACUAUGUGGACAUUACAUAUUUUAUUUGUAUGGAUGCUGAUGCUGGGGCUUAGUCUGGGGUCAUGGCACCAGUCUCAGUACGAUGACCCCAAAAGCAGCAGUCGUCAGAAGAAAAGCCAGAAGCCCAAUAUUGUGCUCAUUCUGACUGAUGACCAGGAUGAGAUGCUAGGUUCUAUGGAGGUGAUGCCAAAGACCUUACGUAUCAUGAGAGACCAAGGUGUCCAUUUCAACAACUCGUUUGUUUCCACUCCAAUGUGCUGUCCAUCACGUAGUUCUAUUCUGACAGGUCUAUACACACACAAUCACAAUGUACACACAAAUAACAAUAACUGUUCCUCUCCUUAUUGGCAGAGGACCCAUGAAACUCGGACUUUUGCCACCUACCUCAAUAAUGCUGGCUAUAGGACAGGGUACUUCGGGAAAUACUUGAAUGAGUAUAACGGAACCUACAUUCCUCCAGGGUGGAGGGAGUGGGUGGGGCUCAUAAAAAAUACCAGAUUUUACAACUACACUGUGAAUUUCAAUGGAAAUAAAAUGAAACAUAUGGAUAAUUAUUACCAGGACUACUUCACAGACCUGAUCGCUAAUGACAGUGUUACUUUCCUGAAGAACAGUAAACAGUAUUUUCCCAGAAGGCCAGUGCUAAUGGUACUGAGUGUCCCUGCCCCGCAUGGUCCAGAAGACGCUGCCCCUCAAUACCAGCACCUCUUCUAUAAUAACACUCUACACAGAACUCCAACAUGGAACAUGGCCCCCAACCCAGAUAAGCAGUUUUUGUUAAAAGUUACAGGAAAAAUGGAGCCAAUUGAACAGAAGUUUACGGAUAUUCUCCAUCAGAAGAGACUGCAGACUCUGCAGUCUGUGGAUGAACUAGUGGAAAAGGUAUACAAUGAGUUGUGGUACCUGAAUGAACUGGAAAAUACCUACAUUAUUUACACGUCAGAUCACGGCUAUCAUCUGGGACAGUUUGGAGUCGUAAAGGGGAAAUCCAUGCCUUAUGACUUUGAUACACGAGUUCCUCUGUAUAUCAGAGGUCCUGGCAUCAAACCAAGAUCUAAGAUCUCUAACAUUGUGGUGAAUAUUGACUUGGCACCGACUAUUCUGGACAUGGCUGGUGUGGCGGUUCCCAGCCACAUGGACGGACGGUCGAUGUUGAAGCUUAUCCGGGCCAGGAGUUACAGAGACCAGGAUCAUGGUCGCAUUGAUUCCAAUAACUUUGUUACAACAAAGAGACCCUGGAGGGACACCAUCUUGUUGGAAAGAGGAAAAGUUACAAUCAAAAAGAGAAAGGAGCUGAUGCGACAACAGAAAAAGAACUUCCUAGAGACGGUGAACAGUUUACCAACCAUCAGCGAUUCCUAUCUUAAGUAUGCCACCCCAAAGCAAAAGAGGAUCUUCAAGGAGUGCUCCAAACCCGAAAACCAGCCACCUUGUAAAAAGGGUCAGAAAUACCAGUGUAUUCAAGAAUACGGCCGAGAAAUGCCAAGGCUAAUGAAAUGUCGGCUGAAUGACAAGGGGAGACGAAACAUGCAGAAGGACGGAUAUCUGUCCAGGAAAUACUGCCCCUGUGGUCGCAGGAAGUACAAGAUGAACAGAAGGGAGAAACAGAGUCAGAAACAGUUCCUGAUGAAGCAUGUUAGCAAGGGUUUUACACCAAAAUUCAUUAGAACCAAGAGGUCGUAUCUACAGAUGGUUGGCAAUGUAAGCUCUUCAUCGCAGAAUUCUAUAUCAUCUCUACCAGUUCAGCCAUUCGAUCGGCGCUGUAGAGUUUUACCUAAUGACACUGUGUCAUGUGAUCGUGUUUUGUAUCAAGACCCGGUGGAAUGGAAAACUCACAAAGAAAAACUGGAUGAAAUGAUAGAAGAAUAUAGAAAAAUGCUGGAAGAUCUAAGGGUCUACAGAAAGCAUUUGAAGGCAUCCAAACCAUUGGACUCCUAUCUGAACCAGUUUGGCAAGGAGGACACAGGAUAUAUGGAAUACGAGUGUGAGCCAUGUAAUAGCAGGCGACUGGAAAGGAAAAAAGAAAUUGAUCAGAGACGUCGCCGUAGACGUAACAGGAAGAAGAGGCGGAAGCACAAGCCACUGAAUGGGGAGAAAGCCAACUCUCCGCUGUGGAAUUCGACCUACUGGAACUUGCCACCGGAUGAGAAAGUGAGUCGUCGUAAACACCCUGCCUGUAAGAGAGCCACCAUGGACUGUACCCUGAUGGAUAACACCCACUGGAAAACGCCCCCCUAUUGGACCAAUGGUCCAUUCUGUUUCUGUACUAACUCUAACAACAACACGUACUGGUGUAUACGAACAAUCAAUGAAACACACGAUCUACUGUACUGCGAAUUCAUCAACAACUUCAUCAGCUACUAUGAUCUAAAAAAAGAUCCUUAUCAGAUGAGGAAUGCUAUACAUGAUGUAAAUUAUGGCAUUUUACAACAACUACAUGAACAGUUGAAUGCAAUGAGGGCAUGUGAAGGUUCAAAAGAGUGCAACAAAGCUGGACUUUGGUACAAAGAUGAAAGUAGAUCAAAUGAUGAAUUGGCUGAGGAUGGAUGAUGCUUGCCUGUGAUAGACGGGGGUGCUGGUCUACCUCUGUAGAAGACUUGGGAGGGGGGAGGCAGGGAUGAUCGGACGUUUAGACAGACUGUGUUCAUUCAUUUCUGUGAUUAUCAUUCGUCUUACAGAGGACAUCUUUAUCGUAUCGUCAUUUCAUAGUCCAAGUUAUGUGAUACUUUUGUGAACAUUAAGGACAUACAUAAACUGCUCCUGCUUUUUUUAUUUUUAUUUGGAAUGCACUAAAUGUAAUAGUGGGUUUUUUUUUACUAGGAUAGUGUUUAGAUUUUAUACUUACAAUGUUGAAGACAAUGACAUCUGGACAGCAAUACAAUUGUUAAGGUUGCUAAUCCAGACAGUGCAGGCUGGUUAUACGUUACAUUAGUACUAGUUUGUAAACUGUAUUAGAGUAGAUUUUGAUGUAAUUCUGAUACUUUAUUGAACAAUCUGUAAUGUGCGUUGUACAGGUCCAUGUAUGAUAAUGAUUUUAUCCAUGUUUCCGGUCCUUUUCAUGCUUCUUGUUAUGUGUAGGUGUUCUAAAAUGGACAUGCAUGUAGCUGCAAAACUUCGUGUUUCAUGUCAUUUCCAGAAUUGACUAUGAAUUUUCUUAUGAUUUUUUGUAUGUAUUAGAUUCAGGUGAUUAAUCACAGUAGAGAAGACUUUAGUCACUGUUCAGUCUAUUUAUACUAUACAGUCUGUAUUUGGUAUGGAGUAUUCAGUACAUACCAUGUAUUAAAGUAUUAGCUCAACUCCAUUCAUUUCUGUGGACACUUUUAUAAUUCUAAUUUUGUUUGGAGAUAAUAAUAUAAUAAUAAUAAUGUUACAAUAUUUAUUUAAAUAGUGCCUUAUAUGACUAUAAAUAACCAGUCUAAAGUGCUGCACACAAUAAAAAUGAUACAGCAUGUUUUAAAAGUAGUAAAAGGAAAUUACAAUAGCAUUAAGACAGAUAAUAUCAAAACAUCGAUGGACAGAUGCAUAUUGAAGUUGCAGUUGUAUUUUUUCUCUCGAAGAAGAAGAAUAUGACAAUGAAAACAUCAAUUAUUAAUGAAGAUACAUGUACAUAUGUAUAAAUUGCAAAAGUUUUGUCGACAGCUUCAAGGGGUAAAUAUUUGUGCACUUUACUGAGCCUGUUUCAGCACACAUGUACUGGAUCAUAAUUUAUUUUGAGCUAAUUGAUCCAAGUAGAGGGUAAAUCAGGGUUUAUUUAUUAUGUACACAUGUAUAACUACAGUCUUACGAAUCUCCAAGCUAGGUUAUGCAUUGCAUGACAAUAAGAACAGUCUUUUUUCAGUAUCAUAUUUUGAUUAUGUGACCUGUAUUGAUUUUUUUUAUUUCUUGUUUUCAUUGCAGUACAGUAUUUAGUACAGUAUUUAUUUGUAAAAAUAUAUAAAAAUUGUCAAUCAUGGAUUUAUAUAUUAUGUUUUAUUUCAGGGUGACAAAUCUAAACAAGUUUUGAGCUGUGUACAGACAACUGUGCUUUUACUCAAAAUGGGGUAGUUAUGGCAACUUAGCAUAUUGAAUUAAAUGUAACAUGUUUUGCAUAGUGAAUUAUGUGUUUUUUAUGAUAUGAAAGUAUUGAUAAGAAUAUUUUGACUUAGAUAAUGUGUGAUCAGUGAAUAUGUGCAUCUAAUAGGUUUACUAGAUGCAACCAAUUCUCAUGUGAUUUCAUAAUAUUUAAGAAAAUAGAUUAUAUUUUGAAAUGUGCCUCAAAAUUUUGAUAUUGGCAAAUAUUCCUUGGUUAAUGAUAUUCCUGUACAUAAAAUUGAAAUAUCAAUUGAAGAAUUUUAUUUAUUUAAAAAAAAGAUUGCGUGAAACUUUUUUCAUAGCAUUCCUUAAAAUUGGAAUUCUUUCAUACAUUUUUUGGACACAAUCCCUGUUUAAGUCUAUCACAGCAACUUUUUAAUUUUAUGUGUCGAAUUACUCCAUCAUUUUUAUAUCAAGGUAUGAGGGAAAUUCUUAAUGAAGGUUUUUUUGUCUUUCAGAAUUAGUUGUAAGUGCUGUGUACAGUGCAACAAAUGGCUUAUGCCUUAAAAAUAGUAUUGGAAUUUUACUGAAAAGAACAAUGCUACAAUAGCUGUCAUUUUUCACCAGCAAAAUUGCAUUUUUAGUUGGAGGAUAUGCGACAUGAGCUCUCUGACCUUCCAGUUUCUUUCCUGUGUACAUUUGCUCUAUAUUAUAUGUAUCUGUAAAUUCAGCAUUCAUUUUAAUGUCUAAAACUGUG